CGACUGUUUUGCAUAUUUGAAUUUCGGAACAGAGUGACACCUCUUGCGUUUGUUUCUCUCUAUAUCUCAGCUGUCAGGGCAGGAAAAGGAGAGUCGGGACUGUCGGCGGACCGAGCUUAUCAGUGAACUUGUUUUCAUCGAGCUGAGAACAGACGUGGGGAAUUUUGUCUUGAAACCUUCAAGAUGGUUAGACCUGGCGGUAUUUUGAAGGUUGUAACGCUCAUCGCAGCCUUCCUCCUUGUUGCAUUUUUGGCGUUCCAGUUGCUGGAGAUAAAUGGCGAUUUUAAACUAGGAAAUGUCAUCUCUAGAUCCCUGCCAUCAAAUAUGGCGUCAAAACCAGUCAAACACAAAUGCGGGCUGUCCAAAGCGUGUCCUCCUGAACACUUUGCCUUCAAGAUGGCGAGUGGUGCGGCGAGCGUCGUCGGGCCCAGAAUGUGCCUCGAAGACCACUUAAUAAUGAGUGGCGUCAAGAACAAUGUGGGAAGAGGAAUCAACAUCGCCCUGAUCGAUGGGAAAUCUGGGCAAGUCAUCCAGACAGCGUUUUUUGACAUGUGGGGUGGAGAUGUGGCUCCACUGAUCAAGUUUCUGAAGGAGAUUCAGAAUGGGGUGGUUGUCAUGAUGGCUUCCUUCGACGAUCCAGCAACGAAGCUCAACGAUGAAGCUCGGAAACUGAUCGCCGAGCUCGGCAGCUCGGCUGUCGGCAAUUUAGGCUUCCGGGAUAACUGGAUCUUUGUAGGUGGGAAAGGCAUCAAGACCAAGAGUCCAUUUGAGCAGCACAUCAAGAACAAAGCAGAGACCAACAAAUUCGAGGGCUGGCCAGAGGUCCUGGAGAUGGAGGGCUGCAUACCGAGGAGGCUGAACUGAUGUCGGCAGCAUCUCAAGCCGCACGCCUCACCUACCAUUUCCUGGAACUUCAAAGAAAAAAAAGAAAAAAAAAAGGAAAAAAGUCGUGGUUUAUUCUUCUGCGUCUGUGCGGAGCCUCGUGGACACGGUCGCUGUCGGGUUCAAUUCUGUGGCUUCGCUCUUCAGUUGCACACAGACUUCUAGAAGGUUUUUUUAACCCGCAGCACAGACUGAAAAGAGUCGGACAUGUUUCUUCCUUCGAGUCGGGUCACUGUCGACAGCCGGUGUCUAUUCACAGCACUUUGAUGCAGAAGUAUAAAUUGUUGUUUUGAUUGAUUUCCUGAAGGUUAUUUUGCACCUUUUGAUCUCAAAUCAUUCUAUUUUUUUUCCAACUUGCCUGCUUAGCUUGUGAGAAAAGCAGGAACUUGAAGCUCAGAUCUUCUUGCACUUCCUCAUGAAAACACUUGAUCGAUUGAUAACCGUCGUCUCUACAGCCCAAAGAUUUCCCUGUGAUCGUCUGUCAAACACUUGCACUGUAGCUGCUUUAAAUCGAAGCCCGCGUUGUUAGAGGGUGCUAACCUUUGUAUUACCUCUUCCUUCUCCUGCCUUAAUUCACACUGUUUUUUGUUUUGUUUUUUUUACCAAGUCUUCUACUUCAUUCUGAGCUGUUUUCUACUCUUUGGUGAAAAGCUUUAGAUAAGCAAAUGCACCAAGUUCACUGUGACGUUUGUAAAUAUUUCUCUGGACAAAGCCCAAGCCUGGAAGAUUCUAAUUUAAUAAACAGUGGAAUGGUUAACAUUUCUUAAAAUAAAUGAUUUUUUAACUGUG